UAAUUAAUUAAUUAAAAGUAUAUAAAUAGGGAGCUGAACUCGUUUCCAAACUUAACCAUGGCGUGUCCUUUCAUAGAUGAGGUGGUGGAUGAGGGAGCUAUAGUCUUGCGGAGGGCAUUUCAAAGAGAGAGAACGUUCAGAGACAGGUCAGACCCAUUGGCUUUUAAUGACAGCUACCUGUAUGAGCGAUAUAGGUUCUCAAGAGAUGGGAUUGCAUAUAUUUGUAGAUUACUAAGCCCACACAUUGCAAAUAAAACACGCCGCAACAGAGCGCUCACAGUCCCACAGACGGUGUGCAUUGCACUUCGCUUUUUUGCCAGUGGAACAUUUUUGUACACAGUUGGAGAUGCAGAGAAUAUCAGCAAAGCAUCAGUUUGCCGCUCUGUACGAACUGUGUACCUUUCUUUAAAAAGACUACUCAAUGUGUUCAUCACAUUCCCUGGCCACAAAGCUAUUCGUACCAUUAAACAUGCCUUUUAUGGAAUAGCUGGUUUCCCAAAUGUUAUCGGUGCAUUGGACUGCACCCAUGUGCGUAUUAAGUGUCCGUCUGGUCCACAUGAAGCGGACUUUGUGAAUAGGAAAUCAGUACACAGCAUCAAUGUACAGGAGAAUUCUCAGGAGUUUUGCUGGGAGACAAGGGAUACCCAUGCCUGCCUUACCUCUUGACUCCCUAUCAGGAGCCCCAGACAGAGG